UUCGGGCGAUAUCCUUCGGGCCCCAUUCGGACACCUUCCAACCCUCCAUCGAAUCCCUUUGGAUCGAUCUCCGCAGGAAGCGAAUCGCAGCAGCAGAUAUCGCGAUUCCAGAAGGCGCGCCGCCGCGAUGGAUACCACCGCCGAUCACGGCGGCAAGAAGGGCCCCGACGGCGACCGUUCCGCCAGCUACGCCCCCUACCCAAAACUCACCCCGGAAGACAUCGCGCCGCCCCCCGCGGCUGCCACCACCAUGCCGCCCGAAUCCAACCCCUAUGUCGUCCCCUCCGCCGCUUCAUCCUCCUCCAACAAUACGAUGGACACGGUGCGCGUUGUGCUCGAGAAAUUUGGGAAGAAGGUCAAUGUAGCAGCGAAGAAAACGGAGGAUUUUGCCGGGGAUUUUUGGCAGCACUUGAAAACAGGACCUAGCAUUGCUGAUGCAGCUAUGGGGAGGAUUGCUCAGACAACAAAAGUCAUAAGUGAAGGUGGCUAUGACAAUAUAUUUCAUCAGACUUUCAAGACACUUCCUGAAGAGAAACUUAAAAAGACAUAUGCGUGCUAUCUGUCGGCGUCGGCUGGUCCUGUUAUGGGGGUUUUGUACCUCUCUACUGCUAAACUUGCAUUCUGUAGUGAUAAUCCUCUGUCAUACAAAGUCAGGGAUCAGACUCAAUGGACAUAUUACAAGGUGAUAAUUCCUCUGCAUCAGAUCAGAUCAGUUAAUCCAACAGCGAGCAACGUAAAGCUAGGCGAAAAAUACAUUCAGGUUGUUUCGAUCGACAACCAUGAGUUCUGGUUCAUGGGCCUUGUGAACUAUGAUAGUGCUGUCAAAAACCUACAGGAAGCUGUGCAAGAUGCCCGCAUCUAAGUUACUCUGAUCUUUUCUAAACCUGCACUGGCAAUUUUCUUGAAGUUCCGCCUUCAUCAUCAAAAGAAUUUGUUCAUUGUAAAAAAUACCAUGUGUUUGAUUCCUCAUCAAAUAAUCGUUGUUCUCGUUACUAUGAUUCUGAUCAAUUAGUGGUUGUAUCAUGCU